AUGUUUGGUGGAUUCAUCGUUCUUUCGAUUCCAGUCGCUCUUCUCGCCUGCUCAACUCUCCCGCCUGGUCAAGAGAAGCAAAUAACAAUUCGAGGAGUAGGACUCACGACGAUUCCUCUCGAAUAUGCUUAUUCGACUGAUGCGGGAGUGCAGCAAGCUUACCCAGCGAUAUCGAAAACAUCGGAUGACGUUGUUAAUAAUCUCCGAAAAUAUGUGAAAAAAGCGGUGACGGCAGUAAUCAAAGAAGAGGCAAGGAAAGUGGGUCUUGAGAACCUCGUGUCCGACAUAGGAAAACAAAUCAAACCGACCCCAUACUACACUCCCAUAGAUUGUUCAGUAGCUGGGGCCGCGGUGCAACCUCCUGUCAAUACUGGUGGCUUCUCCUGUGUGGUAGAAAACGGAGUCGUUACAAAAGUAGCGUACAGUGGCGCAAACACUGCUGAAAUUCCGAAAUAUUUCCAGGAGUUCAUGAUCAUCAUUUCCGUUUCCAACUCCGUCAUCGGUGGAUGGAGCAGAGAUAUGUGGGAUACCAUUUUACUUAAUUUUACUUAA